CAGAACUCAACCACUGCAGCAAUGCCUACCUCUGGUGUGUGUAUGAACAUCAUCAAUGCACGGCAUCAGAAAAAUGGCUAUGGGGCCGUCACCAACCCCAUUAACUUCCUCAACCAAGACUACGAGCAGAUGAAACAGUACUGCCUCAGCCGACGAGUAAGGUACAUUGAUGAGAUGUUCCCCCCUGACAGAUACACCAUCGGCGAAGGGUUACUGAAACCGACUGACCUGGACCGUGUGGUGUGGCUGAGACCAGGGGAUAUCAUUUCCAAUCCAUCUUUUGUUGUUGAUGGGGUCUCCAGAUUUGACUUUGGUCAAGGCAUGAUUGGAAACUGCUGGUUCCUUGCAUCUAUCGGAGCUCUGACAUUCCAGGAUUCAAUACUAAAGCAAGUUGUUCCUCUUGAACAAAGUUUUAAUGAGGACUACUGCGGGCUGUUCCACUUCAGGUUUUGGAGGUUUGGGAAAUGGGUGGAUGUUAUCAUUGAUGACAAGCUACCAACAGUUGAUGGCAGAUUAAUCUUCGUCCAAUCCAAAACUCCGACUGAGUUCUGGCCUGCUUUGCUGGAGAAAGCCUAUGCCAAGGUGUGUGGUUCAUACGCAGACAUGAAUGCUGGAACCCCUGCUGAGGCUUUGGUGGACUUCACUGGCGGGGUCCACUUGUGUAUCAACCUCACAGAACCUCCUCCGGACCUGUGGGAGCUGAUGACAAGAGCUGUACAAAAGAAUUCCCUGAUGGGCUGUGGGACACCUCAAGGGAGGACAUCUGCCAACAAUGUGCUGCCAAAUGGAGUUGUCCAAGGCCAUGCCUAUACUGUCACAGGUGUGAAACAGUUUAUGAGCCAAGGGAGACUCGUUAACCUGGUGCGUUUGUGGAACCCCUGGGGCCAAACAGAGUGGAACGGACAGUGGAGCGAUGAUUCGCAUUUGUGGCAAACUGUGAGUCUUCAGGAUCGUGAAAUGUGCCUUUCAGUGAAAGAUGAUGGAGAGUUUUGGAUGACACUGGAAGACUUCUGUGAGUUCUACAAUGAUCUGGACAUCUGCUGCCUGUGUCCAGACUUCCUUGAUGGAAGCUCCUCGUGCCAUUGGAAGCCGUCAUUCUACGAGGGCAGAUGGGUUGCAGGAACCACGGCUGGAGGAUGCAUGCAGAGCUUUGAAAAAUUCUCCACUAAUCCACAGUAUCGAAUCAAGGUCGGCAAAUUAUUCAGUGAGUGUUCAGAGAACCAGGGGGGAAAAAACUUUCUGAUGUCUCUCAUGCAAAUGCCCGACAAAAGGAACAGACGCAUGGUCGAAAAUCUCCACAUUGGACUCAAUGUAUUUGAGGUGACCGAAGAAUACCAGGCACACAAAGGGAGGUUCCCAGCCUCUUUCUUCGGCAGAAACAGAACUGUGGCCCAAACUAAAACCUACUUAAACGCACGUGAGGUGACGGAGUUCGUCACAUUGAAGCCUGGUGAAUACCUGAUUGUGCCGUCCACCUACAAUCCCAAUGAGACUGCCUCCUUCAUCCUGACCAUCCUGGCCAAGUCCGAGACCGAAGUGCAUGAGGAUUCUGGAGGCCAUAACCACGAACACAACGAAACAGAAGAGAAAAUACCAGACGAAAAUGGAGUGGAUGAUGCAAAUAAGAGAAUCUUAUUCCGUCAAUACUCUGAUAAGUAUGAAGAAGUGGACGCUGAGAUGCUCCAGACAAUUCUAAAUGACAAAAUCUUGAAAGGAGAUUUGAAAUCUGGAGGCUUCAGCAUCGAUGCCUGUCGCAGCAUGAUUUCUCUGAUGGAUACGUCUAUCACGGGCAAACUGAAUGGUGAGGAAUUCCUUCGUCUGUGGAAGAAGGUCAUCGUGUACAAGGAGAUUUUCUCCCAAAAGGACGUUUCACUUACAGGAACACUGUCUCUGAAUGAGCUCAGGAAUGCUGUCAUGGCCUCAGGAAAGCGUGUCAGCGAUGACAUGCUGAAUUUGAUGGCUCUGCGCUACGGGGCCUCCUCUGGACACAUGACACUGGAGAGUUUCAUCAGUCUCAUCCUUCGCUUUGACUGCAUGUCCCAAAUCUUCAAGCAGCUGUCUGAUGGAUCGGCCAUGAGACUUCGUGAAUCAGAGUGGAUGUACCUUUCCAUGUACACUUAA